AUGCUCUUCUUAUGUCGGGCUUCUCCUCUCCUGCAGCGCACUGCUUUGUUGUCUCCUCUACGAUUCUUUGCGCCCUCCAAAUCUUCAUUCAAUAGGACAUUCGCCAACACUGCUGUGCGCUUCUCGAUCGAAAUGGAGACAGUGGAUACCUCAGAGCGCCUUGCGCAGCUUAGGGAGUUGAUGAAACGGAAUAACCUAGAUGUGUACAUCGUUCCCUCCGAAGAUAGCCAUCAAUCCGAAUAUAUCGCCCAUUGCGACGCGCGCCGAGAAUUCAUUUCUGGCUUUACCGGGUCAGCAGGAACGGCCGUCAUAUCCUCCACCGCCGCCGCGCUUUCCACCGAUGGACGUUAUUUCAACCAAGCUGCCAAACAGCUCGAUAGCAAUUGGACUCUUUUAAAACGAGGAUUGGAAGGUGUUCCGACAUGGCAAGAAUGGGCUACGGAGCAAGCCGAAGGAGGAAAGAUAGUCGGAGUCGACCCGACUGUGAUUACUGCUUCAAGCGCAAGAAAACUAUCAGAAACUCUGGAGAAGAGUGGCUCSAAGCUCCUUGGAAUUGAACAGAACUUGGUGGACCAGAUCUGGAGCGACAAACGUCCUGCUCGACCUAAUGAAACGGUCAAGAUUCAUCCCGCCGAGUACGCCGGCAAGCCUUUCCAAGAGAAGAUUGCAGACUUGCGAAAGGAGUUGAAGACGAAAAAGCGAGCUGGCUUCAUCGUGUCGGUACUUGACGAGAUUGCGUGGCUGUUCAACCUUAGAGGAAACGACAUCCCAUACAAUCCAGUCUUCUUCUCAUAUGCAGUGAUCACCCCCGACACAGUAGACCUGUACAUCAACGACGAGAAGCUAUCGCCCGAAGUCAAAGCUCAUCUUGGUUCAGACGUCGUCAUCAAACCCUACGAGUCGAUCUUCGCCGAUGCAAAGGCACUCAGUGCGAAAGCCCCCUUGACUGAGAGCGGCAACCCCAUGAAAUUCCUUACCUCUAAUAAAGCAUCUUGGGCUUUGAGUCUUAGCUUCGGUGGCGAAAAGAAACUGGAUGAGGCACGGAGCCCAAUUUCCGAUGCUAAGGCGAUCAAGAAUGAGGUUGAACUCAAGGGCAUUAGGGAUUGCCAUGUUCGUGACGGCGCAGCAUUGUCUGAAUACUUUGCAUGGUUGGAAAAUGAGUUAAUCAACAAGAAGUCCACACUCGACGAAGUGGAUGGUGCAGAUAAGCUUGAACAGAUUCGCUCCAAGCACGACAGGUUUGUGGGCCUCUCGUUUGACACAAUCUCCUCAACCGGACCAAACGCAGCUGUGAUCCACUAUAAGCCCGAAAAGGGGGUUUGCUCAGUGAUCGAUCCAAAUGCUAUCUAUCUAUGUGACUCUGGUGCUCAAUACCUCGACGGCACAACCGAUACUACCCGAACCUUCCACUUCGGUACGCCUACCGAGAUGGAAAAGAAAGCAUUCACUCUUGUUCUGAAGGGACUCAUUGCACUUGAUACUGCUGUAUUCCCUAAGGGUACCAGUGGAUUUGCCCUUGAUGCACUCGCUCGUCAGCACCUGUGGCGACAUGGUCUGGAUUAUCUGCAUGGCACCGGUCACGGCGUGGGUGCCUACUUGAACGUCCACGAGGGUCCUAUUGGCGUUGGCACUCGCAUCCAAUAUUCCGAGGUGUCUUUGUCACCAGGAAAUGUGAUUUCUGAUGAACCCGGAUACUACGAAGACGGAAAGUUCGGAAUUAGGAUUGAGAACAUCAUCAUGGCCCGUGAAGUCGAAACACCUUACAAGUUCGGAGACAAAUCAUGGCUCGGAUUUGAGCAUGUCACAAUGACCCCCAUUGGACAGAACCUUAUUGAAACAUCGCUGCUCUCGGAAGAGGAGAGACAGUGGGUGGAUAGCUACCACGCCGAGGUGUAUGAGAAGACUAGCGGAUACUUCACGCAAGAUGAGCUUACCUUGAACUGGCUGAAGAAAGAGACCCAGCUUUUGAGAUGA